AUGGCGGACGACGCGCAGGCAAGUACACCCGUCAAUUUUGAUUACCCCGCUGGGGCGAAGAAAAUGCCAUUUCGCAUUGCGCCCGCCCUCCAUAAUACGCCGGAUGAGCCUGCACUAACACUGUCGCUGUAAUAGCAUGAGCACACUUUCGAGAGUGCCGAUGCCGGUGCCUCCACCACCUUCCCCAUGCAGUGCUCUGCCCUGAGGAAGAACGGCCACGUCGUCAUCAAGAACCGCCCAUGCAAGAUCGUCGAGAUGUCCACCUCCAAGACCGGAAAGCACGGUCACGCCAAGGUUCACUUGGUCGCCAUCGACAUCUUCACCGGCAAAAAGUUGGAAGAUCUGUCCCCAUCUACCCACAACAUGGACGUUCCAAACGUCUCCCGUCGCGAGUACCAGUUGGUAAGAGUUUAGCAUCACACAAGGGCAGAGUGGGAGCAGGAGGCUGACAACAAAUGAACAGCUCGAUGUCACCGACGACGGCUUCCUCUCCCUCAUGUCUGAGUCCGGCGACACCAAGGACGACGUCAAGCUUCCAGACGGUGAAGUCGGCGACAAGAUCAACAAGCUUUUCACCGAUGAAGGAAAGGACACCAGUAAGUUGAAGAUGGAUUUUCGGGGACAAAGCGCGAUGCUGACUACGUAUCAGACGUCAUCGUCCUCACUGCUAUGGGAGAGGAGGCUGCCAUCGAUGCCAAGGAGGCUCCAAAGGGAUCUUAA